AUGUUUGACGGAGUAAGAAAAUUAGUUUCUCGUUGGAUACCCCACCUGUUGACUGAAGAGCAGAAAGCAGCCAGGGUUAAUUGGUGUCAAAAAACGCUUGACCGUUUUAAUUCCGGUAACUCAAAAAAUGUGUACAGCAUUGUUAGUGGUGAUGAAUCGUGGAUUUACUGUGAAGAAAAGCCAACAAAAGUCAUCCGUUCUCGAAGUGUUUCGAAAAAGAUGGUCGCGACAUUUGUCUCGCACACAGCCCAAAAAACAAGGCAGUAUUUAACGAAAGAAAACGUGGAAUUAUUGGACCAUCCUCCCGAUCUAAGUCCUAACGAUUUCUUUACUUUCCCUAACAUUAAAACCAGAUUGCGUGGUCAAAGGUUCCAGUCACCAGAAGAAGCAGUUGACGUAUUCAAAAAUGCCGUUUUGGAUCUGCCAGCAAACGAAUGGAAUAAGUGCUUUGAAAAUUGGUUCGAGCGCAUGGAAAUGUGUAUUAAUCUUCGUGGAGAAUACUUCGAAAAACAAUAA